UGGCGGAGCGGGCCGGCGGGCGCGGGAAAGUUCCGCAGUCUAACGCUCUCUGGCAUGUUCUGCGAACGGGCGGUCGAGCUAGUCCGGGAGCUGCGGCGCGCCACGGACGGCAGCCUGCCCGUCUUCAGCGAGGAUGGGAUCCGACAAGUUCUUGAGGAGAUGAAAGCUUUAUAUGAACAGAACCAGGCUGAUGUAAACGAAGCAAAAUCGGGACGAGGCAACUUGAUCUCAACAAUCAAGUUUCGUCAUUGUUCUCUCUUGCGUAAUCGUCGAUGCAUUAUUGCCUAUCUGUAUGACCGGCUGCUUCGGAUCCGAGCGCUUCGGUGGGAAUAUGGCAGCGUCUUGCCAAAUGCCCUCCGAUUCCAUAUGUCAGCAGAAGAAAUGGAGUGGUUCAAUCGGUAUAAAAAGUCUCUGGCUACCUACAUGAGGUCUUUGGGAGGCGAAGAAGGUCUGGACCUUACACAGGACAUGAAACCUCCCAAAAGCUUAUACAUUGAAGUUCGAUGCUUGAAAGAUUAUGGAGAAUUUGAGAUUGAAGAUGGCACAACGAUUCUGCUGAAGAAGAACAGCCAGCACUUUUUACCACGAUGGAAGUGUGAACAGCUGAUCAGACAAGGCAUCCUGGAGCAUGUUUUGUCCUAGCUGGACCCACCACCCAUCUCUGAAAGGAGUCAGAUGUGUUUUUAGCGUGAUUUUUAACAGUGACAGCCAUGUGUCUGCAUUCUGCUUGGAAACUCACUCCAAAGUGCACCCCUCACCUGUUAUUAGGAGAUGUUCAGUAUCUCUUUACAGAAUAUCCAAGCAGAAGUAUUUUUCAGCAUUUUAAACAGAUGGUAACUGGUAACCUAGUGAACUUCAAGUCCAAGCGGUAUCAGGAGCUUCAUCUGCCCGCUUCCCCUGACUACUCUGAUUUUUACAAAUACAUCGUCUUAUGUUUUAUCAAGUUCUGUGCAGUGGGGAAGCAUGAAACUGGCUGACAUGCCCAGUGGGGUCAAGUGCACAGUGAAGCAUCUGAAAGCACCGAGAACAAUUUCUCUAACAUCUUCCAGAGUUACUGAGACUGACCUUUAAACUGCCUUUUACAGUAGAACAGAUAGGAUGUUUCUUGUAGACCGUUUUAUGUUACAUUGUAGCCAUUAAAAAUAUACUUUCUACUAAAUC